GCCCGGCCUCUGUUUCGUCAUUGCUCCUCCUCCCACGUCCUCGUCUCUUCGCAGACCUCCUCCUUCUCUCGCGGUUUCUGUCUCUGUUUAUCUGCUGGUUCUCCUCUAAUCUACGGAAGCAAUGUCCUCCCGCGACGCCAUUCGCCGAAAACUGGUCAUCGUCGGCGAUGGAGCCUGCGGCAAAACGUCUCUACUAAGCGUCUUCACUCUUGGAGAGUUUCCCAAAGAACAUCUUCCGACUGUCUUUGAGACUUAUGUCACCGACUGCCGAGUUGACGGAAAAUCGGUCCAACUUGCCUUGUGGGAUACAGCUGGGCAAGAAGAAUAUGAGCGUCUACGACCACUCUCCUACUCGAGAGCUCACGUUAUCCUGGUUGGCUUUGCUGUCGAUACCCCCGACUCGUUAGAAAACGUCACCUCAAAGUGGAUAAUCGAAAUCAACGAACUAUGUCCAGGUAUCCCAAUAAUACUUGUCGGUCUGAAAAAGGAUCUCCGUCAGGACCCACAAGCCAUCGAAAGCAUCCGGAAACGCAGCCAACGCUUCGUUACCCCGCAAGAGGCCGAACUCGUUGCUCGUCAAGUCGGCGCGCGCAAGUACCUUGAAUGCUCUGCUCUUACCGGCGAAGGCGUCGACAAUGUCUUUGAGGCUGCCACCCGGGCAAGCUUACUCGUGGGCGAACGACAAUCCACAGGCUGCUGUGUGAUCCUGUAAUCGCUCUCAGAUCCUGUAAUCGCUCUCAGAUGCCUGGCUAUCUACUGUUUUCUUGAUUAUCAACAUUGAACGCGCUUGAUUUUGCGCGCAAAAGUACUUUAUCCGUGAUCCUUUAUACACUCUUCCUAUAUUCGCACAGUUUUUUUUAUUCAAGAGAGAAAUGGUCUCUCUCAGCACACUGCCAUCUACCAACCGUUC